AUUCGCUCAACGCUCAAGCUUGGCUGUCUCGCUCUAUCAUGCUAACUGUCGAGCGUUACAAAGCGCAACAGUUCUUUGUCUCCUGUGUAGAUAUUCUGCUAUCACAUGCAGGCACUACAGGCGGCUACUUUCUCGAGGACACUGCCUCCAGGUAUCCGCGUCGCCGGAGCCAGGUGGACUAAGGGACGUUGAAAACACGGACUAGAAAAAGAACCUUGAAAGAAUCCAGGCCGGACUCCUUCAAGAUACCCUGUAUCAUAUCAAUCGGCAUUUUGAAACAGGCCAAAUGUCUUGCCCCGCUCGCCUGUACCCAUUGCGCAAACCUCGAAACCAUCACGCUCCCAUCCCUCGAUGGAAACUCAGCCUGCCCACCAGCGUCGAACAAGUAUUCACAUCAUACGUUGGUAUCGAGCAGCUUGAGGACAGCGCUGUAGCUGCUCAGGCAAAAGAAGAAGGCAUCUGCGCUGUUCAGCAAUGGCUCGGACAAGUCGAUGCACCAGAAGCAGUAGAAGCAUUCACUACGCUAGACAAUUACAGUCGCAUCGAAGGAACUGUGUGGGUGUGCUAUUGGAGCGAUGAAGCAAGACGCAAUCGUUCGAUCAAAUCAUUAAACCUAAGAAGCAUGCAUCAGAACAUAUCCACCGCUGGGCGCCCACUCAUCGGGCUAUGGCACGAAGGCUUCAAGACAUCGGUAUCACGCCUCGAAACCAACUAUUCUGGUCUUGACUAUCUCCCCGGACUAGCGAGGCUACCUGGAGCCAAUACUGAAGAACACAACCUAAGCACGUACUGGGGAGCAGCUCGAGAUCGCAUUCCAGACUCCGCAUACGAUCUUUUCCCUCGAUCCACUGAUGUGUCGCGUCCGAAUUCAGUUCCAAGUGGUAUAGGUCAGCAUCUGACUGGCACAAAUCACGAGAACAUGGUCCACAUUCGCUCUGGGCAAUAUUGGGAAAAUUGUGGCGAGGAAGAAGCGGAUUCGUAUGAGCAGAAGCUCGAACCGACUCUGCAGCAAGGUCUCAAAUAUUUGCAUGAGAAUUCAACGGAGACUGGGGCUCUUAGUAUCCAAUAUCUUCGUAAUGAGGAUGUACAAUCCCCUUGUGGUAAUAAGGAAGAGCGGAAGGAAUCGUGUGGCGCGGGUUUCUUCGCCAACCUCGCAGAUCUGGAGCACUGGGCCAAAAGCCACGCGUCGCAUCUGAAGAUCUAUGGUGGUGCACUUGCACAUUACAAAGCUUUUGGAGAUGAGAGGAGAUUUCGAACAUGGCACGAGGUAUGUGUCAUCACUGAGGGCGACGCUAUGUUUGAGUAUGUGAAUUGCUCGCCUGACACGGGUGUUAUUUCAAACGUGCCCCUCCAGGGCGGAGCUAUGUAGAGCUCGAUAGUUACUUUCAAUGGAUAGUACUCCGACGAAUCUACUUUCCAACCGCAAACACCACCCGAUUGGACGAU